AUGCCUAGCUGCAGUUUUUGUUCUGGCAUUCUUCCCUCUGAUGCAUUCAUAUACAAAGGCAAAGCUUACAAGACUUGUAAUCAUUGUAGAAUCUCAAAAGCUGAUAACAAAACUGCCAAACAAAGUGAAUUAGUUG